ACAGUAGUAUGUUUAUUUAUAUUGGACCUUGAGACAUUCGGCCGUAAAAAGCGGGUAUCGCGCAUUGAUAGUUUUGUUCCGCUACGCGUUUUUUUAGUGUGAAAUCGAAAUGAAUUUUACGUACGGUAGUCCAGCCAACAGCACGGCACCCUCCUUGGGUACAAACCCGGUUACAACCGCUAGUUCCGGAUUCAACUUUGCCGGUACUCCGGCUACUACCGCUGCUACAACAACGGUAGCUCCCGCGGUGACUGCUGCUACCGCUCCUACGCUUUCCUUCGGAACGAGCCUUGCUCCAGCUACUCAAGCAACAGCGAUAGCUUCAACGACUGCUAAUCAACUUACUCUUGGCAGUUUUUCCAUUGCAAAGCCGACGGAACAAACUCUACCAGCAGCAAAUCUAACGACUACCACUCAAACAACUCAAUCGUCUGCGGUUUCCGGUACACAGUUAAACUUCUGUCAACUGGAAGAGUUUAUAAAUAAGUGGACACUGGAGCUGGAAGAACAAGAGAAACUUUUCACAAAUCAGGCUACGCAAGUAAAUGCGUGGGACAAACUGUUGCUGGCAAAUGGAGAAAAAAUAGUUACACUCAACGAAGCAGUCGAAAAAGUUAAAGCUGAACAGGACGCAAUGGAACAGGAACUUGAAUUCAUAACCGCACAGCAUACUGAACUGGAAGAAUGUAUCAUCCCGUUGGAAGAGGAAUUGUCGAAAAUCGUCCAGGUUGAUAUCGAGCGAGGUCAAACGUAUUCCAUGGCUGAAACAUUGGACUCCCAGUUGAAACAAAUGUCUGAAGACUUGAAGGAAGUAAUCGAGCACCUGAAUGAAUCAAACAAGUAUUCGGAUCCCAGUGAUCCUUUGGUGCAAAUCGGCAAGAUAUUGAACGCGCACAUGAAUUCUUUACAGUGGAUUGAAUCCUCCACAUCAGGUAUCACAAAUCGUUUGGAAGAAAUUGGGAAGAUGCACGAUACUUUGCGAAAAGACAACGAACGUUCCUUCCGGUUGACAUAUUACGAUAAUUAAAUAAUUUUACUUAAUGUGUUGAAUAAAUGUACUGCUCAAAUA